AUAUUUGUAUGGCAACUGCAGAAGCGGCUUCUGCUUCUCUUGGCCCACGGUAUGCCCCUGAUGAUCCGACUCUUCCAAAACCUUGGAAGGGAUUGAUUGAUGGAAGUACAGGUCUUUUAUAUUAUUGGAAUCCAGAAACUAACAUUACCCAGUAUGAAAAGCCGGCUGCAGCACUGCCCCCACCAUUGCCGCCUGGCCCACCUCCUGCUACUACUACACCUAAACUGGCUCCUCUACCAGUGGCCCAUUCAAUGCAGCCAAAUGGCGUGAUGACUCAGCAUGGUCAGCAGCACAUGGCACAACAACAGGGUCAACAAAGGAGCCAGUUGCCUCAGCAGCCUGGACAGCUAGUGGCACAGGUUUCUGAGCAACAGGAUUCACAGCAGCAGGGUUCACAGCUCAGUCAGGCCAUGCAACACCCAGGGCAAUUUACACCACAAAUGAGACCACAAAUGAUGCCAUUUCCAGGUCAGCAAAUGGCUCAACAGCCAGGGCAGCAAUCAGUGCAACAUCAAAAUUCACAGAUGACGCAACCUCAUCAAGGACAUCAAUAUGCACAUCAGCAGUACAUGGCAUAUCAACAGAGUAUCCAUCCGCAGGGGCAACAAAGUUCACAGCAGCAUACUCAACUUGGUGCGGGACAGCAGUUUGCAAGUCAACAAGAGUAUAAUAAGCCAGCGAUUUCAAAAAGGGAGGAAGUUGAUUUUCCAAUAGGAAGCCAAACAGGGUUUUCACCAUCCCAGUAUAAACAGGCUGGUGCUUCGUCUUCUCAAAACCUUCCUGGUGGAACAAAUUCAGUUCAGAUAUCACAGACGGGUGUACAUUUGGGUCAAACUCAGCAGUUUAGUGGAUCCUCGGUCAAUUUGCAACAACCUAAUCCCAUGGCUCAUCAAGUGCAACAAUCAGGAACAGAUUUGCCUCAUCAGCCGCUGGGUCCUAUGUAUCAGAAUCAGAUGGGCCCAGGAAUGAUGCAUAAUAAGCAGCCUAACGUUCCUCCAUUUGGGUUAAAGAUGGGUUAUGAGGAUAAUGUGCAUGGUAGAACUGGAAGUGACUACUUUUUUAAUGGCAAUAAGGAAGGACAGCAGCCGAAGCUUGCAGCCUUACCCGUGGCAAGAAGUCAGCAGGAGACAAGGAUUAGUGGUGCUCCUGUUCAAAACAUCACACCUGGCCAUUCCAGUGGAUUGAAUGCUGUACCUGGGAAUGCCAUGCAUGAUAUGUACAAUCAUGCUGGUCCAUUUUCAAAUAGUGCUAUGCUAAGGCCACCUCUUAUGGGGGCUUCUGGUGUUAUUAAUCUCUCUCCUGUUGAAGUCUACUGUCAACAACAUGAAGUCACUGCAACGGGUGACAAUGUUCCAGCACCUUUCAUGACAUUUGAGGCCUCCGGUUUUCCCCCAGAGAUACUGAGAGAGGUACAUUCUGCUGGUUUCUUGUCUCCAACUCCAAUCCAAGCACAAACGUGGCCUAUUGCACUACAAGGUAGGGAUAUAGUAGCUAUUGCCAAAACAGGUUCCGGUAAAACAUUGGGCUACUUGAUCCCCGCCUUCAUGCUUCUUAGACAGCGACAUAAUAAUCCUCAAAAUGGUCCGACAGUGUUAGUUUUGGCUCCAACCAGGGAGCUUGCUACCCAAAUACAAGAUGAGGCCAAUAAAUUUGGUCGAUCUUCAAGGAUUUCUUGCACGUGCUUGUAUGGUGGAGCUCCAAAGGGCCCUCAAUUGAGAGAAUUAGAUCGAGGAGCAGAUAUUGUAGUGGCAACUCCAGGUCGACUGAAUGAUAUUCUUGAAAUGAAAAAGAUUGACUUCGGACAAGUUUCACUGCUUGUGCUUGAUGAGGCAGAUCGGAUGCUUGACAUGGGUUUUGAACCACAAAUCCGUAAGAUUGUAAAUGAGAUACCUCCGCACAGACAAACUCUUAUGUACACAGCAACCUGGCCCAAAGACGUAAGAAAAAUUGCUGGUGAUUUACUUGUGAAUCCUGUCCAGGUGAACAUUGGCAGUGUUGACGAGCUUGCUGCAAACAAGGCUAUCACGCAGCAUGUUGAAGUAGUUCCACAAAUGGAGAAGGAGAGGCGCUUGCAGCAGAUCCUGAGAUCCCAAGAACGAGGUUCUAGGGUCAUAAUAUUCUGCUCUACCAAGAGGUUGUGUGAUCAACUUGCCCGGAAUAUUGGACGUAACUUCGGGGCAAUUGCAAUCCAUGGAGACAAGUCUCAAGGUGAGAGAGACUGGGUAUUAAAUCAGUUCCGGAGUGGAAAGUCCCCAAUACUAGUUGCCACUGAUGUUGCAGCUCGUGGGCUUGACAUUAAAGAUAUAAGGUCGGUAGUGAUUAACUAUGAUUUCCCUUCUGGGUUGAAUUACGUCCAUCUUGGGAGAACUGGUAGGGCAGGUGCAACAGGGGUGGCCUACUUUUUCUCUGAGCAGGACUGGAAGUAUGCGGCUGAUUUGAUCAAUCUUGAAGGUGCCAAUCAGCGUGUGCCCCCAGAGGUGCGGGAGAUGGCUUUGCGUGGUGGGCCUGGUUUUGGCAAAGAUCGAGGUGGGAUGAGCCGUUUUGAUUCUGGUAGUGGUGGUGGUGGGCAUUGGGAUUCUGGAGGCCGUGGUGGCAUGAGAGAUGGUGGUUUUGGUGGCCGUGGUGGAAUGAGAGAUGGGGGUUUUGGUGGCCGUGGUGGCAUGAGGGACAGUAAUUUUGGAGGUCGUGGUGGAAUGAGGGAUGGCAGCUUUGGUGGCCGAGGUGGUGUGAGGGACAGUGGUUUUGGUGGCCAUGAAGGGAGAGGUGAGAUGUUUUCUGGGCGUGGAAACAGGGGUCGGGGAUUUAGUGGCCCUGGUGGUGGUAAUGUUGGCUGGGGCAGGAAUGACCGAGGCCCACAUGACCGAUAUAGUAACAAUAUGGAUGGGCGUGGACGUGGUCGUGGAAGGGGUCGAUUUGAUAAUAGAAGAGAAAUUACUGAUAGAAGCAGAGGCAGAAGUUAUAGUGCUAGUCCAGAAAGGGUUCGUACAUGGGGUUAUAGCAGAAGUAGAAGUGGAAGCAGGAGUAGGAGCCGAAGUCGGAGCUGGAGCCGAAGCCCAAGCCGAAGCCGGAGUCGGAGCUGGUCCCGUGGCCGCAGCCACAGUCGCAGCCCUAGUCACGAUCGCAGUCGUAGCCGUGAUCGCAGCCGUAGCCGCAGUCGGAGUUAUGAUAGAUUUGAGAGGUCACGUGACCGGAAAGAUCAUAGAGUUUCUGGUUUUGAUGUUCUUCCUGAGACAAGGGUGUCACCCAUGUCUUCAGCUGCUCCUAUGUCUCCAGGUUUGCAAGGUGGUAUGGGUUCGGCAACUGAGCCUGCAGCACCAUUACCGGCAGUAGAAUGUUCUGAGAAUGAGCCAGUGCUUCCUGAAACAGGAACAGAUCCGGACCAACAAUCUUUAACUGAUGUUUGAAUGCUGACACAUAAUUCGUGUUUUUGUUGGUGAUGCCCAUUUUUCUGUUUGUUCAAUGGUUACAGGUUUUAGUGGUGAUAAUUUUACUAGCAGGUUGAUAUCUGGGCUACUUAAGUGAAAUUACCUGUGCUCAUGUGCCGCUGCUUCUUGCAGGUUAGAUGUUUAGGAUAAUGGGGAGUAGUUUGAGGCCCCAAGAUUAUCAGGUUGCUUCAAACCCUUUUUUCUUUUAAUUCUUUUCUCUAGUGUUUACGUGUGGUGG